ACAGCCACUUGGUACUACCAUAUAACCAUGUAGAAACACUUAAUAAUAGCCAAGAGGUCUAAUGGCUUCUCAUCUUCUUCAUCACUUCAAAGCUUUGAGCUACCUCUUCUUUCUCCUCUUCAUCUAUCAUAACACAGCCAUGGCAACUCUCACUUUCAAGCCAAUCAAGGCCAACUGCGCCACCACCAGAUACACAGACAAUAGCCCCUUCUCCACCAACCUCAAGACCCUCUUAUCCACCCUCAAAGACAAGUCCUCAUCAUCCAUUUCCAUCAAUGAAACCGCCGGCAAGGCCCCGGCCACCGUCUUCGGCCUCUACUUCUGCACAGGUGAUCUCUCAAAAGACAACUGCCAAGCCUGCAUUCAAACAGCCAUCAAAGACAUCAUUGAUAGUUGCCCAAGCUCCAAACAAGCAAUCAUAUGGUAUGAUUAUUGUGAGCUGCGUUACUCUGAUACCAACUUCUUUGGACUUCCAGACACUAAUGGCUUCUCCAUGAUCAAUGUUAAUGAGAACACCACUUCAUCAAGACCAGUGGAGGUGGUGUCCCAAUUGGUGAAAGAUGCUCCACUAGCCCAGCCUCUCAUGUUCAAGUCCCAAGCUUUCAUAUCUGAGAGCUUGUAUGCUCUGGCACAGUGUUCUUCAGACUUAAGGAGUAAAGGAUGCAGUGAUUGCUUGACUACCAUCUUUGCAAAUAUCAAGGCUUGUUGCACUAGUUCUAAAGGAUGGAGGUUUUUGGCUCCUAGCUGUUGGAUAAGGCUUUUGUCAAGCUUGACCAAAAAUGCUCCGGCGAUGGCCGGGUUCUUCUACACCAUUGUGAGGGAGAAAAGGAACAUGCUCUAUGGCUUAGCACUCUGCAGAGGAGAUUUACAAAACAAAAGGGACGAUUGCCAGAGCUGCCUGAAUGAUGCUAGUAGAAGCAUAGUAGAAGACUGUCCAAGCAAAGCACAGGCAAUUGAAUGGUAUGAGAAAUGCUUUGUUAAAUACUCAAACCAGAGGUUCUUUGGGAUGUUGGACACCGUUAAUAGGACAUUAUGCGGCGUGGAACAAGUGUCGGCUGAUGCCGAUUGUGCUACGGAGAAACUAGCAAGGAGUUUAAUCAAUGAUGCAGUGAAAAAUAAAAAGUUUGUGAGUGCUGGAAAAGUAGUGAUUAGUAGUUCAUUGUCUAGCUAUGUUCUAGUGCAGUGCAGUAGAGAUCUUAGUAAGGGAAGAUGCAUGCAAUGCUUACAAAGAGGGAUGGAUAAGGUGUCCUGUGAAUGCAAGCUUACCAAUGGGUGGAGGUAUCUCUCCGGCAGUUGUACUCUGAGGUAUGAGACCUUUCCAUUCUUCGACACGGCCAUCAUAUCCACUGUGUCCCUUUGAAUAUGUGUCUGAAGUCUGAACUCAAAAUUGGGUUAACUGGGUCAAUGAAGAACAAUCCUUUUUCUUUAAAAUUUGUUUAAUUUGCAUGCUCUGUUUGUUGUGGAACAUGAUGUGAGUUGUGCAGCUUGUGCUCACACCAAACAUGGUGAAUUUGCUUGUCUAAACAGCUAGAAAUAACUAGUUAGAAUUUUUAGAAUUGCUGCUAUUGUUGGCCCCUGUUCUUGUAUCUUCUAGCUAUGGUGAAGGCUGAGUUACAGAAAUGAUA